CGCGCCGCCACUUCCCCCUUCUUCUCGCUGCCUUCGGAAGCAACGGCACCGGGCGCGCCGUCUCCCUGUGCGCGGGGCUUAUUGGGAAUUGUAGUCCGCGAUGUCCACUCGGGCACUUCUCGGGAGAACGGCCGGGGACUACAUUUCCCACUUACCUGAGCCGGAGGAAAACGGAGGUUUCUCGCCUGACUCUGCGGUGGCUGCGGCCUUGCGUUGAGGGAGGGAGAAGGGAAGGGGUGGGGGGCGGCCAGGCCCCGGCUGAGGCCCGGAGCUGGCGGGGGAGCAGCAGCCACAGCAGAGGCGGAUCGGGGGGGCUAUGGACCCCGCCGAGGCGGUGGUGCAGGAGAAGGCCCUCAAGUUCAUGCCCAGAAUACACAUGCCUAAAGAUGGAUUCCAACUUUCAUCUUCUGGAUACCAAGCAUGGCUAAAGCAGUGCUCUAUGCCCCGGUCUCUGUGGCUGGGUUGCUCCAACCUGGCGGACAGCAUGCCCUCGCUGCGAUGCCUCUAUAACCCAGGGACUGGCGCACUCACAGCUUUCCAGAAUUCAUCUGAGAGAGAAGACUGUAACAAUGACGAGCCCCCCAGGAAGAUCAUUCCCGAGAAGAAUGCACUCAGGCAGACCUAUAAUAGCUGUGCCAGGCUCUGCAUCAACCAGGAAGCAGUUUGCUUAGGGAGCACUGCUAUGAAGACUGAAAACUGUGUGGCCAAAACAAAACUUGCCAAUGGCACUUCAAGCAUGAUUGUGCCAAAGCAAAGGAAGCUAUCUGCAAGCUAUGAAAAGGAGAAGGAGCUCUGUAUCAAGUAUUUUGAGCAGUGGUCAGAGUCCGACCAAGUGGAAUUUGUGGAACAUCUCAUCUCCCAGAUGUGUCAUUAUCAGCACGGGCACAUCAACUCAUACCUCAAACCUAUGUUACAGAGAGACUUCAUCACGGCACUACCAGCUCGCGGCCUGGAUCACAUCGCUGAGAAUAUCCUGUCGUACCUGGAUGCCAAGUCUUUGUGUGCUGUUGAGCUGGUGUGCAAGGAAUGGUACCGAGUGACAUCUGACGGCAUGCUGUGGAAGAAGCUGAUUGAGAGAAUGGUCCGGACAGACUCGCUGUGGAGGGGUUUGGCAGAGCGGAGAGGAUGGGGACAGUAUCUUUUUAAGAACAAGCCGCCCGAUGGGAUAGCCCCUCCCAACUCCUUCUACAGAGCACUUUAUCCCAAAAUUAUACAGGAUAUAGAGACAAUAGAAUCAAACUGGCGGUGUGGAAGGCACAGCUUACAGCGAAUCCACUGCCGAAGUGAAACAAGCAAAGGGGUUUAUUGUUUACAAUAUGAUGAUCAGAAGAUAGUAAGUGGCCUCCGAGACAAUACCAUCAAGAUUUGGGACAAGAAUACGCUAGAAUGCAAGAGGGUUCUGACUGGACACACGGGGUCAGUCCUUUGCCUCCAGUACGAUGAGCGGGUGAUCAUCACUGGAUCAUCGGAUUCCACUGUCAGAGUGUGGGAUGUAAAUACGGGUGAGAUGCUGAACACCCUGAUCCAUCAUUGUGAAGCAGUACUGCACCUACGUUUUAAUAAUGGCAUGAUGGUGACAUGCUCCAAAGAUCGGUCCAUUGCCGUGUGGGACAUGGCCUCCCCUGCAGACAUCACACUACGAAGGGUACUGGUUGGACACAGGGCAGCCGUCAAUGUGGUCGACUUCGAUGACAAAUACAUUGUAUCAGCAUCGGGGGACAGAACUAUUAAGGUCUGGAACACAAGUACCUGUGAGUUUGUGCGUACCUUGAAUGGCCACAAGCGAGGUAUUGCAUGUCUACAGUACAGAGACAGACUAGUAGUGAGUGGUUCAUCAGAUAAUACAAUCAGGUUAUGGGACAUUGAAUGUGGGGCAUGUUUGCGAGUUCUGGAAGGCCACGAAGAGCUGGUGAGAUGUAUUCGCUUUGAUACCAAGAGGAUAGUCAGUGGAGCCUAUGAUGGGAAAAUUAAGGUGUGGGAUCUGGUAGCUGCCCUGGACCCUCGUGCCCCUGCUGGAACCCUCUGCCUGCGCACUCUUGUGGAGCACUCCGGCAGAGUUUUCCGGCUCCAGUUUGACGAAUUUCAAAUAGUUAGCAGCUCGCAUGAUGACACCAUCCUCAUCUGGGACUUCCUGAAUGAUCCAGCUACCCAAGCAGAAUCUAACCGCUCCCCUUCCAGAACAUACACUUACAUCUCCAGAUAAAUAGCACUACACUGUACCUCACACUUGCACAGGACUCAUUUAAGCUGCGAUAUUUAAAUUACCUGCCAAUGCCAGGACGAAAGAAUUAUCCACAUAACAGAUAUAACUGAAGAGAGAGGCUCUCAGACACACUUCUGGAACCAAGUCAGCGCGUGGUUGAUCUCAGACAAGGUCUUCUCAGCGCAGCUGACUGCUCAAGUGCUGCUAUAUCAGAAGAUUCCUUUUAUCUUUCCUGAAUGACUGAUGUGUUACACCUCCCCUCUUCACACUCUUCUCCCUCCCAUCUCCUCUCUUGUCCUGAGUGCAGAUGUCCUAUAAAUAUAUUUAACAUGUUGCCAGAAUUUCUUGCUUCGCUCUUAAGCAGAAAAAUCCUUGCCACCAUUUGUUCCCAUGGGAGAAUCACCUCGUGAUGUGUUGGUAGGUGGGGAACAGCAGGCUGAUGCCUCUACCUUUGGGGACUUGUGAUAAGGACGCAUCUACUUUUUUGUAGAUGGGCCUUGGACUUUAAAGGAGGGCCAACUUGAUGUCAAAUGAAGGCCCCGGUGGCCAGAAACCAGUCGGGAGAUAAUGAUGAAGUCUAAAUAAUUUCAGCUAAGCCCUCUGCAGUUAGUCACUUGUCUAAAAUCUUCAUCCGGCGGAUGCCAGUAAAUGAAAGGUGAAGCUUUCUUCUGCCAAAGUCUAAUUUACUUAAGAGGUGAGACUUACUGGUGACAGCAUUGGUGAUGGGCAGUAUUUCUGCUGUCAAAGUAUAUGAAUAUAUUUCCAUGUUCUUCUUCCUUCCCUCCCCACAUGGUGCACUAUUGCACCUCUGCUCCUCGCCCCCCCCCCCCGGAAGAAGAGUAUGGUAUCAACAGUAGCAACCACCCUAUUCCCUCAGCACUCAGCGAAGACUUCAGACUUUUCCUGUUAACCUGAUUGUGUCAUUAUUCGUUGGCUGGCAUCUGUUGGAAGGGAACUCCUGAAAGAACGGGAGAUUCUGCUGACUCCACAUCUUAGUCUGUAAGCUGCAAGGUCAUUUUGUGGUGGAAGGGAUAAUAGUAGAGGAGAACAGUGGAGGGGUCUUAGCUAGGGACAGAAAAGACCAAAAGCAAACCUGUCCUGUGGUACUACAUAACUCCCCAUCAUUGUGUGGGAAUAGCAUAACGCUUGUCUCCUACAAGGAAGGGUUAACUUCUUUGGCCAAGGUUUAAAUUUGGAAGUUAGGGGGAAAGAGCUUCACUUUUAUGCUGCUAAGCAGGUCCCCUCUGUGGCCUGUCUCCUCUUCAUUCACUUGGGAGUAGCAAUUUCCCCACAGUGAAGUUAGGUAUUUGCCACGGUGGGCUCAGAAAGUCAGUGGAAACUAAGAAUAAACGGGCAGCUGGUUCUGUCCUGUAGUUCUCUACUCUGGUUCAAAAGUGAGAGUUUUGUGCAAGUGCUCUGCCUUACCCAUGGAUUCUCAGCCUGCGUAUCAUCCAGGGCUGCAUUAGCACCAAAGGCAUAGUCUGCUUUUCUUUUUAAGUGUUUCUUUGAGCAAAGGCAAAGGAAGUCACAGCUGCAGCUAGAAGGCUUUCCUUAACUGUGCUAUCCUUCAGAGUAUGAAAAAAGGUUGCCUUGCACACUGAAUUGCAAAGCAAGAUGGAAAACGAGAGACAGAUUGCCACAUACUAGUUCUUCAUUAUGUUUGAAAGCUCACUGUCACCCCAGCCCUGUUUCAUCACUAUUACUCGGAUUCCAUUUAUACUUUGUAGUACAGUAUUGACAAUGUGUGGAACAGGACUGUAGAUCCACUACAACUGGAGCAUCAACAGGUUAUUUUCUCUUUGCUCGCUGGCAGAGCUGUGAGAUCAGUAUUUUCUCCCGUGUGUGUGUGUGUGUGUGUGUGUGUGUGUGUAGGGAAGUGUCUUUGGCGGUGGCUCUGUCAAGCACAUAGGGGGGUUGUUUCUGUUAUGUGGAGUUGGAGAUCAGAUAAGAGACAAUGUCAUUUCUGGUGCAGCCUUUCCUUAUUGUCAUAACCCUUCUCUUCCCUGCUGUUGUUCCCAAACACACCUAACUGCUUUGGGGCUUUAAAACAAACAAACAUGGUACUGGAGAAUUAAUUCUAAUGUAUAAAACCUGUCACCAAGGGGAAAGUAGUGAGGUUUUUUCCCGUUAAGUCAUUUCAAGGAAGAAGCUGAAAUGGUGCUUUUCCAAUAGAAGGAGGGCCCACCAUGCCUUGGCAUGGAGAAAGGCCACUGCAAAAAGCAAGACCUCCUCCCUCCAACUUCUACCCCACUCAAGUUGCAUGAAGUUUACAGCCUUCAGCCUACUGCAUCUCCAACCAUUUGGGGAGGGCUUUGGUCUUCACUGGAAGAGAAAGGCUCUAAAGCAUCUCCAUACAUGGACAUUUCAAGGGUUAAUUUGAUAUGGGUAAUUCCAAAUGAAUCUGAUGCAAAAGCUGAAAAGGGAAUAUUAAUGACGUUUCUGAAGAGGGGCUGAGCCCUAAUAUCUUUCUUGGCAAUGAAAUGCUAACUUGGAAUUGCUAAUCACAAAUGGCCUUGCCUUUCACUGGUGUGGAGCGGAGAGCUCCACAGGCAGGUAUUUACAGAAGGAAAAGCAGCGCACAACUGGCUCUGAGCCAUAGGAGAGAACCUUGCUGUAAAAUUGUGCAUUUCUAACCCUAGAGCAAUUGAGUAGUUUAAAUAACAUAAGCUCAGCCUGGGCACCCAGCUGAAUACGUAGCAUAGGAACCCCCCCUGCAGCAACGCUAAGCCACUUUCACCGUUCCUGAUUAGGCUUCUGAACAAGUUGGACCUUUUGAUGACUAUUUUAAGACUUUAUGCUUGCCUCUGAAAUUAGAAGAUGGGAGAGAGACCCUGCUGCCGCCAGCAAAAAACAAACCUAUUUUGACUUCAUAAAAGAAAAGGAGAGUGGUACAUAUGUGUGUUCCCCUUCUCUGGGUUCAUAUAUGAAUCUGCCAAUUUGAACUCAUGUGAUUGGUACCUCUCCAAAUGAGGUCUUCUGGUCCUGGGGGUCUUUUCCCUCCCAUGCUAUGCUCAGACAUGUUUAGGAGUUAACAGUGUUAUCAAAAGAAGUGACUACUUGUGUGCUGUUUUCUGCUGUUGCUUCAUACCAGGAAGGAACUAUUCUAUAUAGGAGGGUAGAAGGAACAUUCAGUAGUUUUUAGUUACAAAGGCUUAUACAGCUUGCAUGCCUUCCCAAAUUCUCCUGGAUUCGGGAAGAAAGAAUUGGGGAAACUCUAGGUGGCACAAGGCACAUAUAUUGUCCCUAAGUGGCCUACAUAUAUGAUGCAUUUUAACAAUGCUGAGCUGUGUCCUAAUCCAUUCCUCUUCCUUUAAUCAAGUGGUCAAAUUAGGGGGGUUGGGGGGGAGGGGUUUCCCUGAAGAAGGAAGCCUUUUGGAUUUUUCCUCAAGCUGCACUUCUGGGUAAAUCUCCUUUUUCUGAAAUCAAUCUCACAUAUCCAGCUGAGAGUGAGCCAGCUGGUUGUGGAAGCACAAUUCUCACUUUAGGCCAUCAUGUCCUGGGCAGUUUCCACUUGGGUUUAAAUGCUGCAUCCUGGGAACUGCAUGCUCUGGAAGCAACACUUCUGUAUUGUAAGUCACCCUCUGCAUCUUUCUGAUUUAUAACAUGGCUGCUGGAAUAAAACAUGGGUGCAGCCCAUGCUUUAUUUAUAGGCUCCCCUUCAGAAUUGUGAUUGACUAGUCCUCAAUCUGCUUGUUAAAAUCAGAGCUCUUUUCAGGACUGCAGCAUCCUAUAUCAUGGGCAUAGUUAUACAUUAUAUCUUUGGUCUGCAAAAUGCAAUUGGGCUGUAGCACACGAAUUUAGGUCUUCUAAAGUGGCAGUAAUCAUACAGAGAUUUACAAUUAGUGACCUUUCAGUGAUGCAAGGUAUGCUCAGGAUGUAGACCUUUGACAAAUCAACAAUAACCUUCACAGUGGAACAUAACUAUGCGGUUAGCCCCAUUAAGAAACCAUUAUUACUUGGCUCUAGAGCUCAUGCAAAUUCACUGAUCUACAGACACCAAUCUAGAUGCAGAAAUGCUUUCCCUAAAGCGCUACUCAGCUUUUCUGGAGAAAGUAUAAGUAGUUGUCUGUUCUGUAGAUAUACUUGUGUACAUUAAAAAACUAAAAUUCACUGUUCAAUGCAAAUCAGUAAAACACCCAAAUUCACUUAAUUUGUAUUGAUUUGCAUGCUUUCUUCUGAACUCUGCAUUUGGGCACUUGCACAAGAGCAAAUGGACAAUGAAAGUUUAGACAGGCAAGAGGGUUGUGAAAAGCUGUAUGAGUGUGAGCGAAACAAGGUUGCAAGGGUAGGCUUCAAGAAACUAAAGCUUCAGGUUUUGACCUGAGCAUUUCACAAUGGUUCUUGCAUGAUUUCAAAUGUAUUUUCACUAUAAUGAGGGCCAGAAACUUGCUUUUUUAAAAAGGGAAGCUGGGAUUCUCAGGAAUCUAAUAUGCAUAAAACAUUAUUGUGCACGCUGCCCAAUCUAUGAUGCCCAAAGCAGAUGCUUUAGCAGAAAGGCACAGAGGACCAUUUUCUAAAUACUCCAUGUUUAUUUUCUCCAUGUUAUUGGCUGCCUUUGCUGGUUAAAGCAGAGCUUUUUUUCCUCCUUAUCUCUCUGGGACUAAAAUGGUCAUAGAUGGUCAAAAAAAUUCACUUCCAAAUUAUGAAUUUAGGUUGAGUAGGGAAAAGUAACGUAGCUGUUGAUCCAUACAAGAGGAAAUGCUCACAAUAUAAAUUGCUAAUUCUAAUAUCUUUUUGCACAGCACGUUAGUGUGGGGGUUGCAAGUUUAAAAUCUGGCAAAAUUGAAUUGGCUCCUAUGACAAUUUAUUCUCUUAACAGCUUGCUGCUCCUUUGAAAGCAAACACCCACUAGACCAGUGCAUGCCUUUAGCAACUGCAGGAAGCUCAGAUAACUGUGGGCACAGAAGGUUAAAAAGAAAGCACAUGAUCUCUUAUUUUUAUUUGUAACUCUGCUCUCUUUUUCUCUAGAUUCUAAAAGUAAUGAGUGCUUUGGAAUUUUUGUGAUUAUGUUCUGGUGAUGUGUAGCUAACGUACUAAUGUUCACUUGAGCUAGGGUCAUGGUAAUGUGUGGUUUUUUUAAGAAAAAAUAUUUUAACUGUUCAGAAGAUAACUUAAAUACAAUUAUAAGAUUAAGCUGUGAA